GGUUUCCUUGUCUUUGACUGGAGACCAACACGCAGAGAGGCGGAUGAUAACAGCAUCCAUUGCUGUUAUUCAGCCUUCACAGAUCUCAAUGAACUUCUCGCAUAAAAAGCCACUGAUCGUGCCUACUGCUUUGUGCAGGGCAGAGAUACUGAUCGGUGUCUAAAAACUGCAUCUCCCUUUCCUAUGAGAUUAUUUUUUCACAGACUUUUUUUUUUAUUUCAAGGUCUCAGUAGCCUCUUUCCACCAUGGUGCUAGGAAAGGUUAAGAGCCUCACAGUAAGCUAUGACUGUCUCAAUGACAGCAAUGUUCCUGUUUUCUCCAGCGGGGACUGCGUCUCAGGGAGGGUGAUCAUCGAAGUCACAGGAGAAAUCCGCGUGAAAUCUCUCAAAAUCCACGCCAAAGGAUUUGCAAAAGUUCGUUGGACGGAGUCGAGAAAUGCAGGAUCCAACACUGCCUACACGCAAAACUACACGGAAGAAGUGGAAUACCUAAAUCACAAAGAUCUUUUAAUUGGGCACGAGAGAGACGAUGAUAACUCGGAGGAGGGACUCACCACUAUCCAUUCGGGAAGACAUGAGUAUGCAUUCAGCUUCGAGCUUCCACAGACACCUUUGGCUACCUCUUUCGAAGGGAAGCAUGGAAGCGUGCGCUACUGGGUGAAGGCAGAACUCCACAGGCCGUGGCUCCUGCCCAUGAAGACCAAGAAGGAAUUCACAGUCUUCGAGCACAUCGACAUCAACACUCCAUUAUUGUUGUCACCACAGGCCGGCACAAAAGAGAAGACACUUUGUUGUUGGUUCUGCACCUCAGGUCCUAUUUCACUAAGUGCCAAAAUUGAAAGGAAGGGAUACACCCCAGGAGAGUCGAUCCAGAUCUUUGCCGAGAUCGAGAACUGCUCAUCCCGCAUGGUGGUGCCAAAGGCGGCCAUCUACCAGACUCAGACCUUCUACGCCAAAGGGAAAAUGAAGGAAGUCAAGCAACUGGUGGCUAACCUGCGAGGAGAGUCUCUGUCAUCGGGCAAGACGGAGACGUGGAAUGGCAAGAUGCUAAAGAUCCCGCCAGUCUCACCCUCCAUCCUGGACUGCAGCAUCAUCAGAGUGGAGUACUCGCUAAUGGUGUACGUGGACAUACCUGGGGCGAUCAACCUGUCCCUGAACCUGCCUCUGGUAAUUGGCACCAUCCCCCUCCACCCCUUUGGCUCCCGCACCUCCAGCGUCAGCAGCCAGUGCAGCAUGAGCUGGCUGGGAAUGGGUUUGCCUGAGAGGCCUGAAGCUCCUCCAAGCUAUGCAGAAAUCGUAACCGAAGAGCAGAGGCAGGUCAGCGUGGAUGUCCCGCCACCACGCGAGGAGCUGGACGGGCCUCUCUUUGCCUAUAUUCACGAGUUCCGCUUCCAGCCUCCUCCUCUCUACUCCGAGAUUGAUCCGAACCCAGAUCACGCCAGCCGUACAGAGGAACGCAGGCUCGAUGCCUGCCCGUCACGCUGAGGGCGCUCCUGAAAUUCCCCCUAGAAGCGCGGGGAACGCGAAGGAAUCUGCGCGCAAGGCUCAGCUCUGCUUGUUUUUUCUCCUCUUGAUGUCAACAGCAUCGUUGUUGUUGAAAGAAAAAACAUUUUAUCCAACCAACCGAGACUUGGACUAAUACCCACAGUUAAGUUGGGUUGGACAAAUCUGCUCCUGCCUUUCCUCUGCGAAGGAAGCAGGAGCGGAGUGGCUAGUUUGGGGCGUCCCUCCUUCCCUCCCUUCCUGCGUCUGCAUGCUGAGAGCGGGAUGUCUGCAGAUGAACACGCAUUGAGUCAGAACCGGGGGAGAAAGCCCACUAGUAGCGAGAGCCUUGGUGACCAUGGUGUUGAGACUCACCAAGGCUCAGCCUGCCAAGCUCCUCUUCCACCCUCCUUUCUUCUGUUCUCAUGGCACAUAAGGACAUGGCUCCUCACACUAAGGGCAGGACUAAUCCUGUCCAGACUUCAGCAGAGUCGCCUGAAUAAAACAAGACGGAGAGAGGAAAAUUACCAACGUUCUAACCCUCACGGUCUGCCUGGGUGAAUGAAUGCUUUCAACAGCAGAGAAAAGAUUAGGUUCUCCUGUCUCAUCUGGGAUUUUUGUUUUGCACAUUUUAUUCUUUACUUGACUUGUGUGGCUCUGUUUAGUCAUAAGAAUUAAGAAAAAAAAUCACUUGUAGUUUGGUUUCAGCCUCGUAAUGCACCAGACUACUAAUAUGAGACUGCGGGCUUAACUUUGAAGACUUUUUUUCUGCAUAACCGUGAGCGACAGGAUUUGUUUUUCGUUUUGUCGACGACUGAAAGGACAAGAACAAUGCACUGAAUUUCGUUGAGAGUUUUUCCUCCUUAUAUUUCCUCAGUGACUUACAACAACUAGUCAAGACUUUUACUACAAUUGCAGCACACGAUUUCCAUCUGGAAGCUCCUUAAGAUGUUGCCUCCUCAGCUUGGAUCCUGGCGUGACCUCCCUCCUUCCAGUUCAGUUCGGUUAUUUUGCUCUUGUGUUUAGCUCCAGCCGUAGAUUAGCUUUUGGCCUGUGUUGUGUUGUGCUUCCCCUGGAUUGAGACUAGGAGGGUUGCAGACCAGCAUUCGCCUCUUAAGUUGCCGCCGGCGAGAUGUGUGCGUUCACGUGUGAGAUCCUAGGUGCUAAAUUGUGGAGGGACGUGCCUCAACCUGCAGCCCCUCUAGUCCCAAUCUCAGGUCGAGCUCGGCUUGCAUAACUGCCCAAAAAGCACUGUCUCAGGUGGUUUUCUCACUUGCCAAACGGUUGUGGAAAAAAAAGAGAAAAAAAAGUUUUAGGGUUUUCUUUCAAGUUGCACUGUUAAAAAUGAUGAAGAGUCUUUUUAUUCUAAACUACCAAAAUGAGAAAAUACUUGUAGAAGCGAGGCAGCUUUCCAAGAUGAAUCACAUUCCCUUUUUUUUGGUCCUGCUACACCUGCUUGGGUCAUCAAGUUAGAAUUUGCCAGACCAGUGAAGCCAGAAUGCAAAAAUAAAAAAAAUAGUAAAGCGAAUUUGCUUCGGAGUUUAAGAAGUGAACCCAGCACAAACAAAAAGCUGGGCCUGUUGCUAAACUUCUAUUCAGACUGGUCAGAACAAGUAGAGUAGCGGUAGUACUAGUUGUAACAGUGGGUUGACAUGAGUAAUACAUUGGUUUUCUGACUCAUUCAACGCAGACGACCAGCUGCUGUAGAGGUUUGACAAAGACUUAAAUGAAAGCAGCACUUUUUGAUAAGAAAAUUUAAAAAGUAAGCAUUUGACGGCAAAGGUCUGAGUAAGAACAUCCAGUGCUAACCACACUACGCUCGAGGACUUUUAGUAAAGCAGAUCUUGUAGUAAUGUAGGAUGUUAAAGCAUUAUUUAGUCUUUCUUUUUUGUUUUUACGUUUACAUUUUACCUGUAGCUGACCCAUGUUGGCAUGCGCUGUGUGCGUGUGUGUGUGUGCGCGUGUGCACGUGCUUAUGCAGAUCCAGCUGGCAACACAGUAUACAGCUUCUGACAGUGUCAACAAAACUGCAAAUAUUAAAGUGAUCUUAUCUUAGUGGCCUUGACACAGAAAAGACCCGGUGGGGAUUCUACAGCUUUUGGUGUCUACGUUAACUCUCUUACUGUUCCUGUAAGUUCGUAACCUUCCUCUGUUUAUUCCGAUGGACAAAAAGGGACGUGGGGGUGGAUUCUUGAGAAGCAAGUGUUUGUUUUUUUUUGUUUUUUUUUUUUAUGAACGGACAUCCUAAACAGGCCCUGGUGAUUGCUUUUGUUUUUCUGAUGCUCUUGGGUUGACUGCUGUUUUUUCCUCAUAUGUAUUUCUCUGCAUUGACAUAGUUUGCUUUUUAGUUUAAGAACUUUCCUGAAUUAGUCGCUCUGACCUCUCUGCCCCCCCCCCCCCCCCCCCCCCCCCCCCCCUCUAGGCCCAGGGGUGGCAGCUGUUGACCAGCACCCCCCACACUGAGAAAUGUUUAGGUAACCCACGGUAGCAGACAGACCGCUCCUUCCACUCAACUCGUCUUGUUCCCGGUUUUACCCGUUUGCCAUUUUCUGUUAAGAUUUAUUUGUAGGGGAAACUACAUCAAGCUACACUGAAAAGAAUAAGCUCACACAUUUAUUUCAGGUUUGUCAAUUCCAUAGUCCAUUUGCUUGGGCCUCGGUAGUCCAGUGUCAAAACUAAGCUAAACUCCUGGCUGAUUGAAGUCAGGAACUGAAAUGUUCAGAGAAAAAGAAACCGGGAGACGGAAUCUGAAACAUUUUAGAAACAAAGUGCAAUAUUACUCACUGAAUUUUCUUCAUUCUCCAUUUGUAUGUUUUUUUUUUUUUUCUGUCUCUCGGUCAUGACGAUGUAAAGAUAUUCUAUGAAUAUGCUAUGUUCUGAAUGAUAUACCCUUUUGUCUAGUUCCUUUUCUUUUGAUUUGAAUAAAUAUGUUGUUCUAAAUGAC